UGAGAAAAAUAGGACACGAAGAAAAGUUCAAUUAAUUCCGUGGUGGGCGUUCAUUUGAUAAGUCAUUCGGUAUUGAUCUAAACUAUUUCACUCUCGUCAAGGGCACGUGAUAGACAAGAUAUGGGGUUUGUCUCCUGCAAAUUUGUAGCAGUUCUUCUUCUUCUCUUCCUGCUCCUUUUCUGUUUCGAUUUUGGGGUUGCUGUAGAUAUCAUUACAUCAUCUCAGUUUAUCAAAGAUCCUGAAGCUAUAGUAUCUGCUAGCAACAUCUUCAAACUUGGAUUUUUCAGUCCUGUUAAUUCCACAAAUCGUUAUGUUGGAAUAUGGUACAAUGCUAUGCCUACAGUGAAUUUAGUAUGGGUAGCUAAUAGAAACAAGCCACUCAAUGAUUCAUCUGGGGUCCUGAAAAUAUUCCAGGAUGGAAAUCUUGUAGUUUUGAAUGGUCAGCAAGAGAUUCUUUGGUCAUCAAAUGUUUUAGUUGGAGUUAAAGACUCAAGAGCACAGCUUACAGAUGAGGGAAACCUUGUCUUGCUCGGUAAAAACAAUGGAAAUGUCUUAUGGGAGAGUUUUCAGCAGCCUUGUAAUACACUCUUGCCAAAUAUGAGACUUAGUGCUAAUGCAAGAACUGGCGAGUCGACAGUACUAACAUCAUGGAUAAGCCCUUCUGAUCCAUCCGUCGGACGCUUCUCUGUUUCCAUGGAUCCCUUAAGAAUUCCCGAAGUAUUUGUGUGGAACUAUAAGAGUCCAUAUUGGCGGAGUGGUCCAUGGAAUGGUCAGAUCUUUAUUGGUAUUCCUGAGAUGAAAUCUGUUUAUCUGGAUGGAUUUAACCUUGCAAAAACUGCAGAUGGAGCCGUGUCUCUAAGCUUCACUUAUGUAAAUCAGCCUACUAGCAAUUUUGUUUUGCGUUCUGAUGGUUCAUUGAUAGAAAGAUCCUGGAAAGUGGAGAACCAGGAUUGGCUCUAUAUCUGGAAUAGGCCAGAAACAGAGUGUGACAUUUAUGGGAAGUGUGGAGCAUUUGGAAGCUGUAAUGCAAUGAAUUCACCAAUCUGCAGCUGUUUGAGAGGGUUUGCUCCAAAAAAUCCAGAUGAAUGGAAUAAAGGAAACUGGACAAGUGGUUGCGUUAGGAGGACACCACUAGAAUGCACAGAAACACAAAAUAUAAGAGAAGUGAACCCAGCAGAUGGGUUCUUGAAGCUUGAGAUGAUCAAAGUACCAGACUUUGCAGAGUGGUCAUCUCUGUAUUCAGAACUAGAAUGCAGAAACGAAUGCUUAAGUAAUCGUUCCUGUAUAGCUUUUUCAUAUUACAAGGGUAUUGGCUGCAUGUUGUGGACCAGAAGCUUAAUUGAUAUACAGAAGUUUUCCGUUGGUGGGGCAGAUCUUUACCUUCGCUUAGCAUAUUCAGAACUUGAUAAAAAGAAAAGCGUGAAGAUAGUUAUCAGUAUAACAGUGAUUUUCGGAACAAUUGCCUUUUCAACCUGUGCAUUUCUUUCAUGGAGGUGGAUGGUUAAACAUGGAGAAAGGAAGAGGAAGAGCAAGGAGAUAUCGUUAUCCAAAAGCGAGGAGCCAUGUCGACCACCUUCGGAUGGAAAUAUGAUCAGGAACAGUGGGGGCAAAGUUAAACUCCAGGAACUACCAGCUGUAUUCAGUUUACAGGAGUUGGAAAAUGCAACGAAUAGCUUUGAAAUAUCCAACAAGCUUGGAGAGGGAGGUUUUGGUCCAGUAUACAGGGGGAAAUUACCAGAUGGGCAGGAAAUAGCUGUGAAGAGACUUUCUAGAGCAUCUCAGCAAGGGCUUGAAGAAUUUAUGAAUGAGGUUUCUGUGAUAUCCAAACUCCAACACCGAAAUCUUGUGAAACUCCUAGCUUACUGCGUUGAAGGUGAAGAAAAGAUGUUGGUCUACGAGUACAUGCCAAAUAAAAGCUUGGAUGCAUUUCUGUUUGAUUCAGCCAAGCACGAACUUCUAGACUGGAAGAAGCGCUUCAAUAUUAUCGAAGGAGUUUGUCGAGGUCUCCUGUAUCUUCACAGAGAUUCUAGACUAAGAAUUAUUCAUAGGGAUCUGAAGGCAAGUAAUAUUCUGCUGGAUCAAGAACUUAAUGCUAAAAUAUCAGACUUCGGAAUGGCCAGGAGUUUUGGAGGCAGUGAAGAUCAAGCCAAAACGACAAGGGUUGUUGGAACCUAUGGCUAUAUGGCCCCUGAGUAUGCAAUGGAAGGGCGUUUUUCAGAGAAAUCCGAUGUCUAUAGCUUUGGAGUUUUGCUGUUAGAGAUAAUAAGUGGUAGAAGAAACAGUAGUUUUUACGACAAUGAGAAGGAUUUGAGUUUCUUGGGAUUUGCAUGGAAAUUGUGGACUGAAGGCAAACUUUCAGCUCUAGCAGAUCGAGUACUAUCUGAUCCAUGUUUUCAAGAUGAAAUUUAUAGAAGCAUUCAUGUAGGUCUUUUGUGCGUUCAAGAGUUUGCAAGAGAUAGGCCAGCUGUGCCUACAAUCAUUUCAAUGCUUCAUAGCGAAAUUGUGGAUCUUCCUGCUCCCAAGAAACCUGCACUAGGUUUCGAUAUGGGCUCCCUUCAAUGGAGACAAACGAUAUGUUCUAAUGACAUAACAAUUACUGUUAUUGGAGGGCGAUAGGGAACGAGUUUGAGGCGAUAUUUUUCUGUUACAUGUAAAUCUAGAGGUAUACUAGUAGCAUAUUAGCAUGUCAGCAGGCUUCUGAAUCCGACACUUAAAAUACCAGUGAAGGAAUUAGAACGUCUGAUGUCAAUAUGCCAUUGUAGCCAAAACUAGUUGCUUUCUCUCUUCUCUUCUGUAUGUUGAUUGAUAGCCAUAGUUAUUGAUCACAAAUGGCUAGAUAAAA